UCUGGCUAGCUUAACGCUAACCCUAGCUGCUAGAAGGACAGGGGAGACAUGGCUGAUACCAUAGCUGACACAAGAAGGCUCUUCACCAAGCCGCAGAACUUAAAUGACGCGUACGGACCCCCCAGUAAUUUUCUAGAGAUCGAUGUGAGCAACCCCGAGACCGUCGGGGUCGGCAGGGGCAGAUUUACAACGUAUGAAGUCAGACUGAAGACUAACCUACCCAUCUUUAAGCUGAAGGAGUCUUCAGUGCGGAGGCGGUACAGUGACUUUGAGUGGCUCAGAGGGGAGCUGGAGAGGGAGAGCAAGGUGGUCGUCCCUCCUCUCCCAGGAAAAGCUCUCUUCCGGCAGCUUCCGUUUCGAGGGGACAGUGGAAUAUUCGAUGACUCUUUCAUCGAGGAGCGACGACAGGGUCUGGAGCAGUUUCUCAACAAAGUGGCCGGUCACCCCCUAGCCCAGAACGAACGAUGCCUGCACAUGUUUCUACAGGAUGAGUCUGUGGACAAGACCUACACCCCAUCCAAAAUCCGACAAGCCUGAAAAAGAAAAAAGAAAAAAAAGAUGGCUCUGCUCGGCCUGGUCCGGUCUGGCUCGACCCCGCCUGGCCUGACAACCCAAAGCUCUCUUCACUGCUCCAGGUUUCUCUCAGACAAUAAACAUUUAAAAGAUGACUUCCCCUCCUCUCCUCGCGUCCCCCCCCUGCCAAAAUAUUUCACUGCCUCUUUUAGUUUAAUUAGUCACCCUGAUCGGUGUUUGUUUUCACUUUCUAAUUGGAGUCAAGAAUGUUCUACAUUUAACUGUGGUUUAAAGUAAUUUGAAGUAAUUUCUCUUCAUGUCUGGAAAUGCCACUAACAUGAAUAUACUAUGUAUUUAUCAUUUAGCUAUAUGUCUUGAAUAUAUUCAUUUAUAUCGUAACAUUGAAUAAGACGUCUUUGUACGCGAAGCUCUUGUAAAGACCCACAUUUCCCAUCUAUAUACGUCCACUACACCAUAACUAGCAACGAAACACACACACACACACAUAUUCGAUGGGCCUUGACUUUGAAAUCACACUUACUUGAUCUUCUCUUCAAAAGGAAGCACGUGUGUGUUUGUGUGUGCGUAUGUGCAUGUGUGUUAACCAGCACCUGCCCAGUUAUCACAGUGAUUUUCUAGCAGGAAAGACGUAAUUUACACAGAGGGAACUGCAGUAUUUCUACAGGCUAUAUACAUUUUGAGAUUUGUAUACUGCUGUGCCAUUUUUGUUUAUUUUGAAGAUUUUCCAAUAAAAUAGGUGAAACGUC